UUUCAUAUGAUUUUUGGUAAAGUGAAAUUUUCAUUUAGACAGGGAGGGAAGUUUUGCCGCUGCAUCUUCAUUUUCCUUUUCAAAUGAUGUUUGCUCUUUUGGAACACGCGGCCUCCAACCCAGUCUCCAAUCCAUUCGGUCCUUGACCCCAAUAGAUGUUGUGCCCCAUAUCAGAGUGUCCUCUCAGAUCGUCGACGUUGUCCUUGCCGGUGUGCGCUCUCCCAUCGGCAGCCCUUCUUGCUCUUUCUGUUUCUUUAUUCCACUCUUUCCCUUUUACCUCUCUCUAUUUCACCAUCCCCUUUAAUCCAGCCGAUUGUUUUUGUUCUAAUUUUUGGCAGAGGAGGAAUUGUUAUUUAUCACUUUACCUCCCAAGUUUGGCCAUGACGAGUACAAUUCCAAUGUUGAUUUCAAUCUUUGGGACUUGGAGAAGGUUGAUUUGAGAAAAUUUGAUGUCGAUUCGACUCUCAACAGGGUGGGUUUUGGGGUAGCUGAUGAGGGAGAGUGGAGGUUCUGGAAGUAUGCGGAGAAAGCAAGCUGAGUUUGGACUGCGACUGCCUAUUCACAUGGUGUGUGGGAUCGAAAGCUACGAAUCACAAUUAGCAAGGUUUUUCUCUUUCCCUUCGUUACUUAGACAACCACCCCUGGGAUAUCUUAUUUCCGAGACAACCACCCCUGGGUUCAACUUAAGAUGGUAUCUUGACACAGCUGGUAUGAAGGGAUCUAGAGCUUAUGUCAUAAAUGGGGUUGUAAUAUUCUUUUCUUGGCUGGUUGCCAGAAUACUCUUGUUCAUGUACCUGUUUUAUCAUGUCUACCUGCAUUACAAUGAGGUUGGCAAAUUCCAAAGGGGCAGAACAGUGAAAGAAAAGAGGCAACCACCUAAUGCAAAGAGGGUAAUGUUAUUAUAGAGGGACAAGUAAUUGGAUAUGUGGAGCAAUUUGGCACUGAACCUCCUGUGAAGGUGAAAUUUAUUUUUGAGUUCACUUCCAAUUUAGUUGCAGGGGCAUGAUACAUGCUUCUCAUGAUAUGUUAUUCCUGAUUUGUUGAGCAGUCGGAUGUUUGUGGCGAAGUUUUUAAGAUCCUCUUCAUCGUAUGGCUUUAUUACCAACUCGAUAGCAUUGGAAUUGGUCAUUAUCUUUUUAGGAGGUCUUAUAGUUAAACCAUGAGACAAUUUUUUAAUUUUUAUUUUUCUUUUCAAAAAACUAUUGUUCUCUACCUUUUGCCAUGUCUCUACCAUCACUUCUUUAGAAUAAAAUAAAUUAUUGGAGCACUUAAUCUUGAGUUUCUUUGACUAAUGGAUAAUAGGAUGUGGAACACUCACCUUCUUUGCUAUAUUGCUACUUAUAUGCCUAGUGGACCAUAAAGUCUUAUGAGUUAUGACUGAGACAUCGUAAGAAAGAAAUAGACCUGUGGUAGCUUGGUUUUCAUUGUUCUUAAGGCAUACCAAAAUUGCUUUUUUUAUUUCAACCUUACAUGAAAGAUUUUUGUUCACAUGUAGUAUAUGGUUGGUAGAAACUACUCGUUUUUGGCAUUUGGUGGUUUUAAAAUUCCAUAUAGAUUAAGGUUAAGUUGCAUUUAGAAUUUUAUCUUGAAGUUAUUUUAGCCAAUUGUUAUAGUAGGUUUUUGUUUGAUAUUAGUUAUUUCAUUUUUUAGAUUUCAAGUUUUUAAAGACCAAGACUGUGUUUAAUGCAACAAGUUCAAUUCGCCUCCCA